GCGAGAAGGGAGGAAAAAGAAAAGAAAUGGAGGAUGAGUGAAGUAUCAUAGAAGAAGCUACAGAGUUCUCAUGAUCAGAACAGUGUAUGAUACAAAGCUAUUGAGGCUUGUAGCGCUACAUGGCAAAGCCAAAACCAUCACUCAAUGCUUCUAUUCCACUCAUUUUCAUCACCAAGAUGCGUUGGAUUCCUAUUCCUACGCCACCAUGCUCCAACAAGCUAUCCAAAAUCGCAACCCCAACUCAGGGAAGAGCCUCCACUGCCACAUUCUCAAGCGAGGCGCCCGUUUGGACCUGUUCGCCCAAAACGUUCUUCUCAACACCUACGUUAAUUUCAACUCCUUAGAGGAUGCCUCCAAACUGUUCGACGAAAUGCCCCUCAUUAACACUGCCUCUUUCGUCACCUUGGCUCAUGGCUUCUCCAGUUCAGGCCAAUUUCAUCACGCCCUUCACUUGCUUCUCAGGUUGUUCAGAGAAGGAUACGAGGUGAACCAGUUUGUUUUCACGACACUUCUCAAGUUGCUGAUGAGAAUGGAGUUGGCUGAUACAUCUUGGAGUGUGCAUGCAUACGUUUAUAAGCUUGGUCAUCACUCUGAUGCGUAUGUUGGGACUGCACUACUUAGUGCCUAUGCUGUCUGUGGAAAUGUUGAUGCUGCACGUGCAGUUUUUGAUGGCAUUUGUUGUAAGGACAUGGUAUCUUGGACUGGAAUGGUAGCUUGCUAUGCUGAGAACUAUUGCCAUGAGGAUGCAUUGCUACUUUUCUGCCAGAUGAGGACUAUGGGGUACACACCAAACAAUUUUACCAUUUCUGCUGCGCUUAAGUCCUGUCAUGGUUUAGAAGCAUUUGAGGUUGGGAAAAGUGUUCAUGGAUGUGCUUUGAAAGCAUGUUAUGAUAGGGAUCUUUAUGUUGGCACUGCACUGCUUGAACUGUAUGCCAAAUCUGGAGAGAUUGCUGAGGCGCAGCAGCUUUUCGAGGAAAUGCCCAAAGAUGAUCUUAUUCCAUGGAGUCUCAUGAUUGCUCGGUAUGCUCAAAGUGAAAAAAGUAGGGAGGCUUUGGAGUUGUUUUGUCGAUUGAGGCAAUCAUCUGUUCUCCCUAAUAAUUUUACUUUUGCUAGCGUGCUGCAAGCUUGUGCAUCUCUGGUUUCGUUGAAUUUGGGAAAGCAAAUUCAUUCUUCUGUACUGAAAGUUGGUCUUGACUCAAAUGUGUUUGUGUCAAAUGCCCUCAUGGAUGUUUACGCCAAGUGUGGUGAAAUUGAAAACUCCGUGAAAUUAUUCAUUUGGUCGGAAGAGAAAAACGAGGUAACUUGGAAUACUAUAAUUGUUGGUUAUGUUCAGUUAGGGGAUGGGGAGAAAGCCUUAAAUUUAUUUUCAAAUAUGCUUGGAUAUGAUAUACAGCCAACAGAAGUGACAUACUCAAGUGUUUUGCGUGCCUCUGCCAGUUUAGUUUCUUUAGAGCCAGGGCGUCAAAUUCAUUCCUUAACCAUCAAAACCAUGUAUAACAAGGAUAGUGUAGUUGCAAAUUCUUUGAUAGACAUGUAUGCUAAGUGUGGUAGAAUUGAUGAUGCUCGGCUAACAUUUGAUAAGAUGAAUAAACGAAAUGAAGUUUCGUGGAAUGCUAUAAUCUGUGGAUAUUCUAUGCAUGGGUUGAGUAUGGAGGCUCUAAACUUAUUUGACAUGAUGCAAAAGACCAAUUGUAAACCAAAUAAACUCACUUUCGUUGGUGUGCUUUCUGCAUGUAGCAAUGCAGGGUUGUUAGACAAAGGACGAACUCAUUUUGGGUCAAUGUUACAGGACUAUGGCAUUGAACCAUGCAUAGAACAUUAUACUUGCAUGGUUUGGCUUCUUGGAAGAUUAGGUCAAUUUGAGGAAGCAAUGAACCUCCUUGGAGAAAUUCCAUUUCAGCCCAGUGUUAUGGUGUGGCGUGCACUGCUUGGUGCUUGUGUUAUACAUAAGAAUCUUGAUCUAGGUAAGGUUUGUGCUCAGCACGUACUUGAGAUGGAGCCCCAUGAUGAUGCAACUCAUGUACUUCUGUCAAACAUGUAUGCCACUGAAAAGAGAUGGGACAGAGUUGCUUCUGUUAGAAAAAACAUGAAAAGGAUAAAAGUGAAAAAGGAACCAGGAUUAAGCUGGGUUGAGAACCAAGGUGUAGUUCAUUAUUUCACUGUCGGAGACACCUCUCAUCUCGACAUUAAACUAAUACAUGCAAUGCUUGAAUGGUUAAACAAGAAAAGCAGGGAUGCAGGGUAUGUUCCUGAUUGCAGUGUUGUUCUUCUUAAUGUGGAGGAUGAUGAAAAGGAACGUCUCUUGUGGGCACACAGUGAAAGACUGGCACUGGCUUAUGGACUGAUACAUAUUCCACCUGUAUGUUCUAUUCGUAUCAUUAAAAAUCUUCGGAUUUGUGUAGAUUGUCACACUGUUAUAAAGUUGAUAUCAAAAAUUGUGAAGCGAGAAAUUGUUAUCAGAGAUAUAAACCGGUUCCAUCAUUUUCAGCAUGGCAUUUGCUCCUGUGGUGACUACUGGUAACUGGCGUAGUCAAGCAGCGUUUAGAGAGUGAUUAGAUAUAUCUUUAAUCUCUAAGUAAGAUCAAUUUUGUCUUUUAGACAACAUUAGUUUAUCUCUUAGAGUAGUUUUAUCUUUUA